AUGGAAGAAUGCACCACCUCCGACUUGAUUAUUAUCAAUGCGUGUUUACUAUUCUUACUGCCAGAAUACUGCAUUUCACAGAACAAGGAUGACUCUGUAACAGCAAAAUUCCAUGUUAAUAGCCUUCUUUGCCAGAGAAAUCUGGAAUUGGCCCUGACUCGUUUAAAUCUAUUCAUGAACUUGUCAUUGGAUAAUACAAAAGCUUUGAUAUUGGCCUCAAUGUAUGCUAUAGGUACACAUUCCCUUGGUAUGGCUUGGACAUUGAUUUCCACAGCAGCUAGACUCUGUCAGAGUCUGGGUUAUCAUCGUUUGGUCGUCCGAAAGAACGCGGGUAGUAGUGAUGAGAAUGCGAAGAUGGCGUUGUUUAGAUAUGUCUACAUUCUAGAUCAGACGCUUUCGUUGAGGCUUGGCCGGCCAUCGAGUCUCCGUGAGUGCGACCUGGCAACCGACCCUCUUCCUACCAUGUCAACUUCUGGCUCACAGGUAUGGGACUUUAUUUGGUCUCUGUGGAUAGAGGCAGCCCAGCUUCAUGCUUGGACAUUCGAACGCCUCUAUAGUCCUAAAGCCAUGGAGCUAUCACAAAGCGCGCGUACAGAAGCUAUGAAAAAUCUCGCUUCCCUCACUCUUGCGGCGAAAUCUAGAAACUCCAAGCUCGAAGGCCAGUUCUGCGAAUAUAGAGCUAGUCAACAUCAGUACCUUGGUUUCGUCCAACAUGCAAACGAUGUAGUUUUUUUGUCUCUUCUGACGCUAAUUUACCGGUCAAUCCCUAGCGAAAGCUCUGAUACCUUGUCUCCUUUCAACCAACAAUGUCUCGAAGCGGCCCAGGCGGCACUCGCAGCACAUCAUUCCUGCUAUCUCAACUACAUGAUCAAGCAUAAAUAUAUAUGGACUAUAUAUCUGCAGUGGACCGUCCUUGCAUGCCCAAUCAUACCAUUUCUCGUUAUUUUUUGUCAUGCCGUCACAACCCUUUCUCUUGAGACCAUAGAAGAUCUGGAAAAGUUCGUCACCUCCCUCCAGCCGGUUGAUCAAACCUAUAUUGCCGGCUACAAAGCUCACGCACUGUGUCAACGGUUCUAUGAAGCUGGAAAAUCCUACAUUGAGACGCAGCUGCAGCGGAAGAGGGAAGCAAGCAUGGCGGACAAGUGUCGAGAUCUUGGUGCUAGCAUUCUCACCGAUAUCAUACCUGAGUUCUGGCAUGCCCCUGAUGGUACCAAUUACGCUCCGAGCAAUUAUGGGCUGGACACUCUAGAAAGGCAACGGAUACAAUUUAGGCAAGACCUCAUGUCGGAAGAAGAUGCUUGGUUUUUCGGAGAUCCAACCAUUUUGGGACUUGCUGACGACAUUUACUAUAAUCUCGAUAACAGGACCUCAUAUCUGGGAAGUAAGGAUCGGGAGGCACACGAGCGUCAACGAAGAAAUCAUCUCCAAGAAAGUGGCUCAUCGCCCUCAUCAUGCAACAUCAUGCAAAAUGCGAUAAUCGAUGAUGGCUCGGUGCAUUACGAGUUCGGUGGCCCCUGGGGCACGGGUGCAAUGACAUUAGGCUUCCCACUGCUGAUGUACUACAUGUGGAUCGGUGCGAAAUUUUAUGGCGGCUCUUUUCCGCUUCCCUCAGCAGGGCAGUCCCUGACCGAAUUUAUUUUCUCUCUCAUUCAACUGGCCUGUAAAGAAGCAUUCCCGUCACUAUACGCUUGGAAGAUAUAUUGGACGUUCAUCAUCUUCCAAGCUGUAUGCUACGUAGUCCUUCCUGGAGUUUGGAGCUAUGGCAAGCCGCUAGAUCACCUUGGUGGUAAGAAGUUACAAUACUAUUGCAGCGGUCUGUGGUCCCUCUGGGUAUCUAUCAUCGUCACGGGGGCGCUGCAUUACAGUGGUAUUUUCAAGCUCUACGAGCUCUUGGACGAGUUUGGGCCGCUGAUGUCCGUUGCAAUUAUCUCCAGUUUCCAAAUCGCGAUCGUUGCGUAUCUCUCGGCGAUUUUGCGAGGAGUUCAGCAUAGAAUGAGCGGCAAUCUUAUCUAUGAUUUUUUCAUGGGCGCAGAACUCAACCCGCGCUUCGGAAUUCUGGAUCUUAAGAUGUUCUUUAUGUUACGACUGCCGUGGAACAUCUUGCUUGCACUUGCUUGUGCCACAGCCGCUAGGCAGUAUGAGUUGUAUGGUUAUGUUAGCGCGGAGGUGUGGUUCUUGAUCCUGGCGCAUUUUCUGUAUACCAAUGCGUGCGCAAAGGGGGAGGAGUGCACAACGACUACAUGGGAUAUAUACUACGAGAAAUGGGGCUUUAUGCUAAUAUUCUGGAACAUCGCAGGUGUGCCACUCAGCUACUGCCAUGCUAUUCUAUACUGUGCCAAUCAUCUUUCCACUCUAACCGAAUGGGUCUAUCCAUCUCUCCGGAUGCCCUCACUUGUCCUUCUCUUCACAUCCUACCUCUUUACCUACUGGGUCUGGGACACGAUUGGCAGCCAGAAGAACAACUUUCGCACCCAGGAGCACAGCACCUUCACAGGCCGUAACGCAUUUCCGCAGCUGCCCUGGCGCACAAUCGACAAUCCGAAAGUGAUCAAGACGACAACGGGUGACAGUAUCCUUGUUGACGGUUGGUAUCGGUAUGGACGCAAAAUCCACUACACUUGCGAUAUUUACUUUGCGAUUGCAUGGGCGCUGGUGGCCGGCUUUGAGAGUCCUUUUCCCUGGUUCUAUCCGGUGUUCUUUACCUGUAUGAUUCUUCACCGUGCUCAUAGGGAUAUCCAACGUUGUAGGGCAAAGUAUGGACAUAGUUGGGAGGAAUAUGAGAAGGCAGUCCCUUAUAUUUUUAUUCCGACUCAAGAUUGUGUGGAAGGUGGGUACCUCAGUCAGACCAUUAGGCUCAGCCCCUCGAAAAAAGUUAUUUAG